GUGCUGUGAAUUCCAGCAUGUAAAUGACGUUUUAAAGAUAACACAUUGAUGUAGCCGAACACCAACUAUCUUGGAAGCACAGUGGAGCAAACAAGCAGGAGGCAGAAACUUCCACUAGUAAGACAUUUUUAAUUCGCUGCUGGAUCUUAUAACUAUUAAGAAGCAAGUCGAGGGGUGUUCUGCAAUGAAGUCAGCGCUGGGAAGUGAAGGUUAUGCUGUGAGAUCCACGCCGAGUCCUCAAGUUACAGAGCAGGUCCAUGUUAAUGAAACAGCUCAACCCCUGGCUUUCACAUUUAUACCAUCUGUUCGAAGACUUCCUGUUCACAUUCAGGUCAUCAAUACCACCAGAUCCUCACCUUGUCCUAGAAAGCCACAAAAAACAUCCUCAAUAAUGAAUGAGCCUUUGCAUAUCACUGAAGAACUGCCCUCAACUGAUGUUACGAUGACAGAUACCAUUGAUAGAAGAACUCCUGUGCAACAGGCGGAGAUAAGCCAAAGCUGGUCGAAUAAGGGAGGGGAUGUAUCUGCUGAAGAAUCUGGAUCAUUAGAAGGGAUUUUCAAAGCUGAACUUGUAUUCUUAGCAGAUUCGUAUGGAACUGAUAGUGAUUGUUAUUCAGGAGAAAAUGAAGCAGAAGUCGAUCUUUCAACAAAAAAAUUACCUUUGUCAAGUCUGUCUCCAAAUUCAUUUGUUGAUGACAAGAAUGGCUCUAUUCAAAAAGAGCUAGAAGUAUAUGAAUCAAAGUCCCCUAUGUUACAAGAUGCUGAGCAGAAAAUGAACAGGGCUGUCCAAGAGCCAUUCUUUCAGUCAAGCACUUCCUCUUGUACACCUGAUAACGUCAUUACUCAACCAUUAACCUCCACAACUGAGAAUGGUGAUUCCUCUGCAGCUGAUACGCGACGUAUUUGCAGUUCAACUUUGUUAAAUAAAUCUUCGUUCUGUUUUCCCACCAACUCAAAUUUAGAAAAGAAAUCUUCGAGUUUCCCUCGGUCCACUGUUUUCACUUCCUUGGAAACCUCCUUUAUAUCUUCGAACUCUUUGCCGUCAGCCCUUAAUACCACCUCCCUUUUCCCAUUCAGCGCUUCCUUUAUGAAGUCUAAAACCAUUUCACCUUCCUAUCCCCCAUUCCCAUUACACUUUCUGAGCUGUAGUGAUUUGCAGUCUUCUCCAACCUGGUCCUCCUCAACUUUGCCUUCUUCACAAUCCACCAUAUGCUCUUCAACUCACGUGCAGUCAUCACUUCAUUCUUCAAGCCAGAAUACACAUUCUUCCAAUACUUGGGGAGUUUCAUGCCAUUCACCUAGAAUUCUUCAUUCUUCCAGUCAAGCUUCAACACACGUGACUGCAGCAAAAUCCACAGUAGUACCAUCUCCUCCAACUCAGUUGUCAUUAUUGACUUCAAUUCUAAGGUCUGGAAAGCGGCCUUCUGUGUCACCCAACUCCUCGGAACAAUCAAAACCAGUUUCUUCCACAACAUCCUUGAUUGCCAUUGGUUCACAAUCACCUAGCAAAUUUCCAGUUUCUACUACUCUACAAGUAUCAUCUUCCUGUCCAAAAGCUAAAACAAUUUCCCCCACUCCUCUGACGCCUCUGCCAUAUUCUUCUGGAAAACUUGCAGGAGUUUCUUCGAUCUCCUCAAGAUCCUUAACCACUCUUUCAUCCCCAGAGUCUGGAAAAAAUACUCUUCAUUGCUCAUUUACAUCUUUAUCUCAGAAACAUGGCAACACUUCCACGGAGUCAACGGAAACUUUACCCAGCUUCUCAUCCAUAAAACAUCAUGCUAAUUACUCAAGGCUGAGCAAUUCUACACCCACAAUGAUAUCAUUGUCACAUGCUACAAAGCCCCCUACCUUACCCCAUUGUCCCUUCCCAAGACAUGGACUACUUCCUCCCAGCACAGGACAAUUUACUUCAUAUCGUUUUUCACCAAACAGUUCAUUCUCCCCAGCGCAAAAGAUAGAGCCUCCUUUAUCAGAUCUUUCCUUACCCUCUGAAGGAUCCAGUAAAAUUUCCCCCACGCCUCAUUAUUCAAGCUUCAAUUACUAUCCUGGAGAAAUUGACACUCUGUCUCUUGUUCCAAAGGUUUCUUCCCUUUCUCCUACUGCAAGACCCUACAAUAUUUCUUGUCUAUCAGAACAGUCUGUUCCAUCUUCCACAGCCUCCAUGUCGUCUUCAUCCACUCAAAUUAACUCCUCACCACAGUCUGGUUCCCUCACUCCUACUCCAUUGAAUGUAAAUUCUGUUUUGUCUACACCAAGAUCGAUUUCUGUUUCUUCUACCCAAAAUGAAAUUGUGCCUCACUCUUCAUCAUUAGGAUUGAGCUCCCAUUCCCAUAUUCCAAAUUAUUCUUUCUCUCAAAGACCGUCUAGCCCAGGACAGUUAUCGUUCCACCUUUCUCCUUUCUCUAGAUCCAAUGCUAAUGUUAUCAAUUCAGCUCACCCUACAGCACAGCUCUCUAACCCACGACUUGAAAUAACAACAUCUAGUUCAGCCCAAUCCCCUCCUCCACCAUCACAUUUCUCAAAGCCUGGUACAAAGUCUCCAGCACAAUCUUUAUCCUAUUCUACUGAGAUCGAGCCAAAGAAACCACAAAAGUACAAGAUCAAGUCAAGUUAUAAGGCUUUUGCAGCAAUACCAACAAACACACUGCUUUUGGAGCAGAAGGCCAUUGAUGAAGCAAUCAGUGACUCUGAGGAAUCUGCAGCAGCUGGCACAUCUGAGAAAACUCACUCACAAUUCCUACUUGAAUCAGAGAGUCUCAGGCAGCAGACUGAGGAACUAUAUGCUACUAUUGAACAAUUGCUUGAGGAUCCACUGCCAACGCGUUCCUCAAGUUCUACUCCCAACUCCUUGCAGAAGCUUCAGUACUCAGAAGCGUACAAACCCAUUAAUCCUGCACCAAAAUCAGCUGGGAGAGAAACCAAAUAUGCUAACCUCCAUCUGUCAGCGUCAGAAUCCACGGAGAGUCGGCCUACUAGACCUGGUGUGAUUCGUCCAAUUACCGCUGUUCAGAAGGUGCCUGCAGUUCCAAAGAUUGAAGAAACUUGUCAUAACCUGUUUAGAAAGCACCCUGAAGAAUUUGGUGACACUGAGUGGCUGUGCCCAUUAUCCACCAUCUUAACUUCUGUCUCACAUCCCAGUUUGUGCCACAAAACGUACCAGCCCAUGCUGUGCUCUCAAGACACAUCCCAGUCAAUUCCACUGUCACUCUCACCUGUCACUUGUCUAACCUCUGGAUCACAAAUUCGUUUCUCUCCUAUUGCCCCAUGUAACUACUACAUGACCUCUAACCUCUCUCGCAGUCUCCACUCCCUGUACAUUAAGCCGCGUCACUCAAUAACCACAAUCCAUGAAAACGAAGCUCUGGGGAUCAAUGAGCUCACUGAUGCAACAACAGAACUGAACAGGGAUCAGUAUCAAAGUCAAAAUGAAGAAAGGGGACUUGAGACAUCAAUACCACCAAACUCUGACUAUAACCAGGAAGCCCUGCUGAUCUUGGAAGAAGAGUAGGCAAGCUGUCAAAUCAUGAGCAAAGGUGUAAGACUCCAACUUGCCAGAAGCUGUUUCACGAAAUAACAUAUCACCUUAUUGCAUGUCAAAGGGCUUCUUUACUGUAAAUUUGUAUUUUCAAAUUGAUAUUUUAUGAAAUCUGUAGUUAGCAUACACCAUUAUUUAAAGGAAAGUUCUGUCAUGAUUGACUAAAAUCAUUUAUUUUGUAUAUCAAAAUCUUUCAAAACAUCAGAUUUGUCACUGACAUACAUUGUACUAAUCAGUAUUGCUAAUAAUCAGCCACAUGUUUCUGUAAGUUGAUAAACAGCUAAUACAUUUCUACGUAUGUCUCUGGAGAUUAGUCUCAGUGAUGACCAUGAUCUAGGACAGUUGAAAUUUUGGACAGGUCAGGUAUAUUAAAUGCUAAAAAAUUAUUUGUGUAUACAUAAUGUAUUUAGUUUUGAUCUUUUGCAGUCAGGCUCAAAUACAUUUUGAAAAAAAGAUCAUUUCCAUGCUAACUCAUCAGUAAAGCUGUUACCAGAUGAUUUCAGUGGAAGUCACAUAAUAUUUUCUGUAUGAAUGGAUUUUUGAUGCUUUUUGAAAAAUAAAACAUGCCAAGUUUUAUUCAUA